AUGCAUUCGUACACCUCUACCAAUAGAUCUAGAAGACGAAGGAAAAGAGAUAACGUAGCAUCCGGCUCCAAAUCUCGACCCGUCAAAAUCGCACCCCCCCUAGCCAGAAGUACAGAUUAUUUCUUCGUGCUGUGGAAAAGGGCCGGGUUUGGCUUCCACUGGCCAGCCGAGAUAUCGCAUGCAAUCAAUACGCCAGGUCAGAAAGAAACUUGA